AUGCCGUCAAGGCUCAGUACGCCGGUCUUGACUGUCGACCCAGCAAAGAUUCACCAGGUCGACACUCGCAAUGCAGAGUCUCUCCAUGGAAUGUGGUUGGUAUUUUCACGGUGUGCAGACUUCAUGGAAGAGGGCAGACGGCUUGAGAACCUGAGCUGGCGGCUCUGGAACCGCGAGACCUUCUGCGUUGCUCCUCAGGCUAAGCUACGCACCAACUCAGACAACAAGGACUCUCUCGAGCCGAACCAAGACCAGCAGCAGCAGAAGAGAACACACUCUGGAUCUCGCCUUGAGCGGCUAAGGCGAGAGUCCAAGUCCAUUCCCGACCUGUCCAGCAGCGUGGAGUCGGCCCUCUCGGACGAAGGACUAGAACGGUCACGAUCUACAGCACAGACAAGCUCUGGCUCGAGUCCCCAGUGUCCCUGCACACCCCGGACCAUAGAACUCGACCCAAAACCAACCAUUGUCGGCGAGGAUUCUGUCCUCAGCAUAUCACGAGGAAGAGAGAGGCACAUCACUUCUCUGGGACUAGAGAAGAUGGUCUACAGCAUAAAAGAGAAGAAGCAACUGGAGCCCAUAUGUGUACCAAAGAGCAAGUCACAGCUACAGAUUGAGAACCGUGAACUAGACGCCACUCCCCGGGCAUCUUCUCCUACCUCAGCAUCGACACAGCAGCAGGAGCAGCAACCACAGCAACAGCAGCCACAGGAGCAGACACAUCUACAGCAGCAUCCUACUCCAGCAAAGAACCGAUCUCUCGACUCGUGCUCUACUGCACUGGAGCAGGUCCGAGACAGUGACGCUCGUACCCCGUCUUCAGAUACCAGUGUCUCAUCUACUGAGCUUCCUCGACCAGCAUCCUCCGUCGUACGUGGCUUCUCGCCUUCCAAGAUCUCUUCCUCAUUCCGCUCCCACAGCCAGCUCUCGCCCGCAGCAAGCACGAGCAAGAACUCGUUACCCAAACAAUCCCCCCUCAAACAACAAAAACCCAGCGUCUUCACUCUCGGAUGCUCUUCGGGCGACGAGGAGUCUUCCUUUGAGGACAGAAUGGCCAUCAAGACUCACCGAAGCUCCCUCAGCGAUGGCCUCAACCACCUGGCAUCGGCCCAACAAAGCAGGAGCAGAACUUCCUUUAUCAGAGACGCGGCAGUUACCAGCCACCCCAUUCGACCAAUUCGCGAGACCAGUGCAUCAGACGAAGAUGCAAUUGCCUCCAGCGACGAGGACGACGAGUCUGAGAUCUCCGAAAGCGCCAUCGAAGACGAAGACGAAGGAGACUCAUCCGACGGCGAGUGGGAAGACUCCGUUACCGAAUCCGGCCGAUCUAGCGUUGACGACAAACAGCUGUUUCAGCGUGUCGACUCGCGACCAAAUCUCGUUUCGCGCCGUUCGCUGUUGACCAUGAUGAUGCACCAGCCCCAGCAGAACUUUGCUCCAACCUUCCGCGGCGGCCCCGGCCCCAACUCCCGCUCUACCCCAGCAAUGCAGCAGCAGCAGCGAGGCCGAGGCCUUGCCCCUCCAGCAGACGGCGAGGAAGAUGAGGAAGACCACAGCGGCUCCGACUCUGGCUCCGUCGGCUCACCUGGCCUGGAGAUGAAGCGCUCGGAAGUACCUCACUCCCGGCCGAUCGUGAUGACCUCCAUUCCCCCGGGCGGUGUCGUAGCUCGUGCUCACUCUCCACGAACCACGCGCCGAAAUAUGCUUGCGACGGAACUGACCGAGUCUCUCCGCCGCCAUCUCCUCUGGGAGCGUCAGCAGAAGACCACUGCCGCGAGUGCUACCGCGGCAUUCAAGCGUCGGCAUACGGCAUGUGAUGUCGCGGGACUUCAGGAGUAUCCUGGCGCCAACGACUCCAAGGGCCAAGGCAAAGACGACAAGGAGUCAAAGAACAGCUCGUGGAAUCACUACUUUGACUACGACGGUCCGUGGGAGUACCACGUUAAGGGGUGGUAG